GCACCGAGGCCGGCGGGCGGCGCCAUGUCCCCGGGCAGCGGGGUGAAGAGCGAGUACAUGAAGCGCUACCGGGACCCGCGCUGGGCCGAGUACGCGCCCUGCUACCGCGAGCUGCUGCACUACCGCCUGGGCCGCCGGCUGCUGGAGCAGGCGCACGCGCCCUGGCUCUGGGACGCCUGGGGCCCCGCCGGCUCCUCGGACGACUCGGGGUCGUCGGCGUCGUCGGGCGCUGGGAGCCCCGCGCCCCGGUGCGCCUCGGCCUCGCCGCCGCCGCCGCCCGCGGAGGGGCCGGCCAGGCGGGCGCGCGGGUCCCCGGAGGAGCCGGCCGCGAAGCCCGCGAAGCCCGGGGAUGCGGAGGCCGGGGAUGCGGAGGCCGGGGACGCGGAGGACACGCCUGUGCCAGCAUCGCCCGUCAAAGGCGUCAAGGAAAAACCCGAGGAAGAGGCCGGGACGGCAGAGACGGACCGGGUGCCCGGCUGCAUCAAACCUCGCCAGCACCCCAGCGCCCUGUUUGCCAGAGGAAACAGGAAAGCGGCCAGAAGUCCUCAAAGGUCGUCCAGUAGAACGAGAGAGAACAAGCACCCCUUCGCUCUGUACGGGUGGGGAGAGAGACAGACGGACACGGGCAGCCAAAGGACCCACAACGUCUGUGCCUCCGCGCCGGUGCACGAGAUUCAUGAGUCAGCGUUACGGGCCAAGAACAGAAGGCAGGUGGAAAAGAGGAGGCUGGUGGCUCAGAGGCAGCGCGCGCACUCUGUGGACGUGGAGAAGAGCAGGAGGCCCAAGCCGGCCGCCGCGGAGAGCCCGUGGGUCACGGAGUACAUGCGAUGCUACUCGGCCCGUGCGUGACGGGGGCGGCCGCCGCGCCCGCCUCCUCGAGAACCGUCAAUA